GGUGACGAAAAAAAUCUCAGAAAAAGAAUCUUCGGGUAUAUUAUUUUCUUCAUUCUUCAACCCCAUUUAGCGGUGAGAUCAAUUUCGAAUUGAUCCACUUAUAUAAUUGGAGCUUGAAGAUUUUCUGGGCUACAUUCAAUUUUUGUCACAUUGAAAAUUUCAAUCUAUUGUGGAUUGGAUCAGGUUGUUUUUUGAUUUACGAAGAAAAUUACGUUGUAGGUUUAAAUAAUUGGAGUUUUUGAUAAUUUUGUAUCUGGGGUUUUGAGUUUUUGAGGGGUGCAAAUGAAUGUGGUUGGUAAAGUUAGUAGCUUUAUAACACAGGGUGUGUAUUCAGUUGCCACCCCAUUUCACCCUUUUGGUGGAGCAGUUGAUGUAAUUGUUGUGAAGCAGAAUGAUGAGACUUUUAGGAGUACCCCUUGGCAUGUUCGAUUCGGAAAAUUUCAGGGUGUACUUAAAGGUGCAGAAAAAGUGGUUCGAAUUGAAGUUAAUGAUGUAGAAGCUGAUUUUCAUAUGUAUCUUGAUAACUCGGGUGAAGCUUAUUUUAUCAGAGAGGUUCCUGCUGAUAAUCAGAAUGAGGUGAAUGGGGAUUCGAGGGAUUCUGCUAAAAAGGAAGAAGUGGAUACUAGUGAUCUUGAUAAUGUGAACAAUAACGACGGUGUGAAGGAGGAUAAUGACUCUAAUAAAGCCGAGUUGUCAUCAAAAGAUGAAGGUGUGACAUUGGGUAUAGAACGAUUAGAUGAGGGAGGUUCCGAUGGUGACAGGAGAUCCUCUGAGUUUCUGGAAGAACAAUCUUCUUUGGAGGAUUCGGCUGUAGCAGAACUUAGUUCCAGCAGAUGUGAGAAUGCGGAUCAUGUUGAGGAGGUCCUGGAAUCACAAGACUCCAGUUCUGAAGUUGUUAUGGUGAGUGUGGAUGGCCAUAUAUUGAAAGCACCCAUCUUAUCAUCUGAAAUGAAUGUGGAAGAUGUCAAAUUAGACACGCCUAGGUUUCAUCUAGGUCCUGGUCAGGGGACAGAUUUUUCUGAUAGUAACUCAGAGUUCAUCUCAGGUGAAGCUACAUGGGCUGAUGAGUAUCUGAGUUAUCAGGCGUCACCAAAAGUUUCUCCUGCAGACGCUUGCAAUGUGAAAAAAGAGAGCAGCAAGGUUGAGCACCAGACAGAUGUUUCUGAAGUAGAUGGCCGAUAUUCAGUGAAUCUAGACAUCAAGAACCAGGAAAAUGGCAAAGUGGAGAUCACAUCAUGUAUCAUUAAGAAGAAUGCAGUAGCCAACAGCUGUUUGGAGCUCCAAGCAUCUGGCACGCAUGUUGAGAAUGAGGUUAAUCAGCCAGAUGUGGUUUCUCCUGCAAAGAUCCAGGAAGUGGUUGACGAUUUAGAAAACAAGCCUCCUGGGAAACUGGGAGACUGCAGUUCGUUAAAUCCUGCUAAAACCCUCCCGCAAGGCGAAUCAGUGAUGGAUUCUAAUGGUUCUGAUGGCUCAAUAGACCAUCAGGUUGUUAGUGAUAAACACCCUGAGAAACAGAACAAUGUAUCUUUAGCAACUGAAGCAAUACAGAGUGGCCAGAAAGGACCAGAUGAAUGUACGCAAUGUGUAGAUGUGAAGCAUCUUAUAGAAGCUUUUCUUAAAGUAAUAGUGACAGGAGUAGAGAUAUCUCUUUGUGGCAGCUUGCUUCAUGCUGGAAUGGGUUCUAGUGCUGCUAGAGAAGCCUUUGAUGCAAAUUACAUAUCUGAGGAGGAAUUCAGAAGUUCUUCAGAAUCCAUAAUCAAGAACAAAAACUUAGUUGUCAGAAUUCGAGGAAACUAUAUUUUGUGGGAUAGAGCUGCUCCUAUCAUUCUUGCCUUGGCCGAAUGUGAUACGGAACUGCCUGUUGAAUGUGCUGAUUUCAUACCUGUGGAGUUGGAGGAGACCUCAAAAUCAGGAGAGGAUGGUAGUGAGAUCUCUUCAGUUCCUUCUGGACGACGAUGGACUCUCUGGCCAAAUCCAUUUAGAAGGGUUAAGACACUUGAGAAAAGUAACUGUAAUUCAUCAAAUGAAGAAGUCUUUGUUGAUUCUGAAUCUGGUUCAGUGUACCAGCCUAUGGAACAAACAGCAAUCGCUCAAGGAGGCAAGGGAUCUCCUCCGUUGCAACUCGUGAGAACAAAUAUUCCCACUUCCAGUCAAAUCACAUCUUUAAACUUGAAGGAGGGGCAGAAUGUGGUAACUUUCAUUUUCUCAACCCGAGUCCUAGGGGAGCAAAAGGUUGAAUCCCAUAUAUACUUGUGGAAGUGGAACGCAAAAAUUGUUAUUUCUGAUGUUGACGGGACUAUUACCAAGUCCGAUGUUCUUGGUCAGUUUAUGCCUUUGGUUGGGAAGGACUGGACACAUUUUGGAACUGCCAGACUUUUCUCUGCAAUCAAGGAAAACGGAUAUCAGCUACUCUUUCUCAGUGCACGUGCUAUUGUUCAAGCAUAUCUGACCAAGAAUUUCCUGUUCAAUCUCAAACAGGAUGGAAAAACCCUACCCACUGGACCUGUUGUCAUUUCUCCCGACGGUUUAUUUCCAUCGUUGUAUAGAGAAGUUAUAAGAAGAGCUCCUCAUGAAUUCAAGAUAGCCUGUUUAGAGGACAUCAAAGCACUCUUCCCACAAGAUUAUAACCCAUUUUAUGCAGGGUUCGGGAAUAGGGACACCGAUGAAUUCAGUUACAGAAAAAUUGGAAUUCCUAAAGGCAAAAUUUUUAUAAUCAACCCAAAGGGGGAGGUAUCGAUUAAUAACCAAAUUGAUGUGAAAUCCUAUACUUCAUUGCACAGUCUAGUUGAUGACAUGUUCCCACCGACAUCCAUGGCUGAGCAGGAAGAUUAUAACAUAUGGAAUUACUGGAAAAUGCCCAUCUCAGACAUCGAUUACUUGUAGAGAUUUAUCUCCUUCCAGCUCUUUGAAAGGAGGAGCUGUAGUUGCUGAUUUUUUUGGUCUAAUUGUAAGGAAAAAAAAAAACUUACUCGCACUUGACGUUUCUACCAAACCAAGAUGAAGGUGUGAGAGUACAUACCAUUUGUGAUAACAAAAGUUUAUAUGCAAGACGCUUGUCCUGUCAUCAUUAGUUUGAUGUAAACACAGCAGAUGCAAAGUUAAUUUUUUUCUUUUUCUUAUUACAAUUGUAUAAAAACGAUUGUGUAGUCACGAUCAAUUCAUAUUGUCGUUUCAUUUAAA